AUUUCCCUUUAACAAACCUGCAAGAAGGUUCCAACCUAAAAGGCAUCGGCCAUGGCGUCGCUCGCUCUCCGCGGCCUCCUCUCUUCCCUGCCGCCGCUUCCACUUUCCACCAAGAAAAACCCUUCCCCUCAUCCUCCUCUCCUCUCUUCUCUCCUUCCUUUGCGUUCGAUCCAAUCAGAUGCCGGCUUCCUCCCGCGCCCCAUCAACAGCGCCUCCCUCGUUCGGCCCUCGUCGGCGGGAGAGGCUGCAAUCGUCGGAAUAUGCUUCCCUGCUCUGGCCUGGGCGAACGUUCUCUACGCCAAGGGCGGGAACUACAACGCACAGGUGGUGAUCCCCGACGACGAGCCGGAUGAGUCGCUGCUGCGGAGGUUCAAGAGGGAGGUGAUGAAGGCGGGGGUGCUCCAGGAGUGCAAGAGACGGAGGUGGUUCGAGAACACUGUGGAGAAGAAGAAGCGCAAGGUCCGGGACGCCGCCCGCAAGAAUCGGAAAUGGCGUUAUAUACCUAAAGUUCAAAAGCGAGAUAACGAGAAUGAACCGUCAGAGAACGAACAAGGGGUGGAGGUGGACAAUUGGGAACUUCCUGAAGGAGAAAUUCCUUAUUGUGAUAAGAUUCGUAAGUGAAGUUGACCUUGUAAGGUGCCUUGUCUCAUACACUCUGGUUUUCUAUUCGUAUCACUGAAAGGAGCUUUGUACUCUACUGCUUAUACAUUACAAUAAGUGAGUCAAAUAUUCCCGAACUGUGAUGUACCACUUGGUUAAUCUACAAACUUACUCAAUCUAACAAAGUUAAGCUUCAAUUUGAGGAGGUUUGUGUUA